AUGCGUAAGUCGCGUCUCUAUGUAGCAUCUACGAUCUCAAGCACUUUCUCUGGACCAGCUCUAGCAUCGACCUCGAGUAACCUAUCCUCAGAUCAAGAUGUAGCUUCAUCGUCUAAGUCCAAUGGCCAAGCAGUCUACAGUAACCCUGUGCAAGAGCCAAUGUCAACCUCACCAAGCCGCAUCUAUGGUCACGUCGCAAGAGUAGAUGCACCCCAGAUCGACACAGCCGCUGCGAACGCGCCGCAAACCGGUCACACAACAGCGAUCCCCAUGUCGCUGGUGUCCCCUACCGCUCAGGGUUUCAAAAGGAGUGCAGAUGGGUUAAUGAAGGGUGACAGGUCAUCUACAAGUCCUACGGAAAGAAAUUCUGCACACAAGCGGAAUAAGAGUAUGGAUACACAUUCAAACACUCGAAUUGGAGAGCUAUCCGCCCAACUCAAGACUCGUCUCUCAUAUGCAAUGGUCAAGGUGCAGAAUGGCUGGGAGAAGCAGUCUCUGGAGGAGCUGGAAGAAGUGCACUCGCAACGUGGAUCACCCAACUCUGCACCUGGUGGUGAUUCUCGAGCCGCAUUUGGCUCACCCUCUACCACAGACUAUCGACGAAGGCCAAGCGCUAUCUCUGACAACUCUGACUACAUGAUGAUAUCUCCAGCUUCUGAGUCGGCGCAGUCACAUGCAGUCAACUCAGCAUACUGGCGAUUGACUAACAAGCCAGCAAUAAAUGCCGCCGCCAAUCUGAUAUCUAUCACAGGUGGCAAUGCACUUGCCCCGGCUUCCGAGUUCGAGUUUGUAAGGAGGCGUAGAUCGAGCACCACACAUCCACCUCCAUCUCUGCUUGGUUCAGCACAAAGAAAGCACCACAGUGAUGUGGGUGCCAGUCAACGAGCCCCGACAACACCUCGAGCAGGAAUCCUUCGAAUGCCGAGUCAGCAAGCAGAGAAGGACGCCGUAGAUACACUGUUGUUCAUGAGCAGCCCGAAGAACUCUCAGCAUUUCCCACACACCAGCCAGGCCGGACACAGCACGCUACGAGAAGGAGCCCCUCAACGACGCGUCAUGUUCGAAGCAUACCCCCCACAAGACAGACGAAUGGCGUAUCAGUCUCCUAUGCCCACCUCAAGCCACUACACAACCGGACCAUACGCACCGCAGCCGGCGCGGUAG